AUGGUUCUUCAACAGAAGUACCAACAGUUUACAUUUAUGUUCACUUACUGUUAUUUAUUGUCAUAUUUGCAUGUUCUUUGUAGGCUUGCUAUGGUGACACCAGUGUUCCAGCAUUACAUGUUACUCUUCUUGGUGGUGAGUGGGGUUCAUCUGCUGGUGGGUUAUCAACCAUAAACAGAGAGCUUGCUAUUCACCUUUCAAAUCAUUCAGCGGUGAAGAUUUCUUUACUAGUCCCAGAGGGAGCUUGCAACACUGAAGAAAUUAGAGAAGCAGAUGGCUAUGGAAUCACUAUUGUUGAGGCGAAGGAACGUGCAGCAUAUGAUCGUCUUGAUUGGUUGAGCAACCCACCCCAGGACCACUUCAUGGACAUCGUUGUUGGCCAUGGUGUUAAACUUGGUCGGCAAGUACAAUUCAUUAGAGAUUCUGCCCAAUUUUCAAACUGUAAGUGGGUACAAGUGGUUCACACUGCUCCAGAGGACCUGAGCAGUUUCAAAUCCUACAGUGAUCCCAUUUCAAAAGGUGAAACAAAACACGAAUCAGAAGUUGAGCUUUGCAAACUUGCUGACCUUAUUGUGCCUGUGGGACCCAGACUAAAAGAAGCAUACUCUUCAUAUUUACAGCGAUAUAAGACAGAGCAAGACCUUUUGUCCAUUACUCCAGGCCUUUUUGAAAGGGAGUUUGGGGAUUUAGUGGUGAAACAAGACCCUAAUGAGGAUGGUGAAUUUAAAGUGUUGUUAUUUGGUCGUGGGGAUGAUGAGGACUUUGAACUCAAAGGUUACAACAUUGCUGCUUACGCAUUUACUGAUCAACGGUUAAAUAACAAACCAUAUCGUCUAAUCUUUGUUGGAGCACCUGAAGGAAAGCAAGAAGAAGUUAGAGAAAAACUUCUUCAGUGUGGUAUUGUGGAAGCGCAGUUGACUGUUAGAAAAUUUGUACAAAGUAGAGAGAGACUGAAAGAUUUGCUUUGCGAAGCUGACAUUGCCAUAAUGCCGUCAAAAUCAGAGGGAUUUGGGCUCGUAGCACUUGAGGCCUUGUCUGCGGGACUACCAAUUCUUGUAGGCAGUAGGUCAGGAUUUGCCAAAGCAUUAGAGAAUGUUCCUCAUGGUAAUGCUAGCAUCGUGAAUUCAGAUGAUCCUGCAGAAUGGGCAAAAGCAAUAGAAGCUGUUCGUUUAAGGCAUGGAAUGAGGCUUCAAGAGAUUAAAUCACUGAGAGCAUCUUAUGGAGAGACGUACAGUUGGAAGGAGCAAUGUGAAGCCCUUGUGAACAGAAUGCGGAGAAUGGGUCAUGGUAAGAGUUAUUUGUUAAGUGCUGAUAGUAUUCAUGUGGUACCAGACAUCACACUAAUAUAGUUGUUGUGGCACAAUAUAAUAUGUAAAUGUAAGAGUGCAGUGCACUCACAAGCACUGAAUGCAUUUUGUUCUUUGAUCACAUUGUCAAGUGUACACGCAGGUUCUAUAAGAUUUUCUCCACAAAUUUAGUACACCAACAUAAUCCCAGAAUAUUUAAUCAUUUUACUGAUAGCUAGAUAAAUAUGGCCAAGACAUAUAAAAUAAUGUACGUACCUCAGUCUUUACAUCCCUUACCUAAUAGAUUCAGUUACUUUCCUAAGAAAUCAGGCAUCUUCAAAUCUUUAACGGUGGUGGGGCAGCAUGUAGCCAUAUUUGAACUUCAGCAGGGUGCAAAGAAAGUCAGUUUUAUAGCCUGCCAUUCAGGCAAGCUGUAGCUAGCUUGUACUAGCCCACAAGUCAUUUCAACUAACCCUAAAACCCUUAUUGAUUGGCAAGUCUUCUGUAAUUUGAAUUUCCUAAAAAAAACAGCCCACUGGGCAAGUUAAGAACAAGAAUCACGAGCCCGGUACCAAAAUCCACGAGCCCUGAGCUAUCGGACACAACUUUCUUUGCACGCUGUUCAGUGUUAUUUUUAAACUUCCACCGAAGGAAAACAUACAAAGACAGUCAGUUUUGUGUUGGGAAGUCAGACAAACAUGCAAAUUAAAUUGGCUACUUGAAAUUUUGGUAGGGCUACUUUCCUUUAUAAUAAUGUAGUUCAAAUCUUGAUAGAGCUGACUGUAUAACCAUGUAGGAUUUACUACCCUUUUGAAAUGUAAUCUUAAAAUGGAUCUAUAGUACUUUAAAAAGUUAUGAUGUUUUUACCAUCAAAUUUACUCUGAAUUCCUCAAUUUUUUCCUCUUGAGCUUAAAUGUUUUGUGCACACCUUUUAAAGUUGUGUUGGAAGUUGUCAAUGCAUGAAAAGAUCUGUAAUGUGUAGAAUAAGGGUCUCCACUAUGUUUAAGAGUCACAGCUGCUGCAUGUCAGUGUGACCGUCAAAAUUUAUUUUUAGUGUUACAUGGGAUGUGGUUCUACACGAGUGGUUAUGGGUGGUGGAGAUGUCAAUGGGUUACAAAAACGUAUAUUAUUAUACAUUAUUUUGUAAGAAGCUGAUAAUAAAGGCUUGUUCUCACACCAGAUGCUCCUGAUAUACCAAAGGAUGGUUCUGUCACUGAAAAGCUGCCCAUUGCAAAAACACGUGCUUCAGCUUCUGGAUUCUCAGGAGAGCAAUGUCCAGUUGAUGAACAGCCUAAAACUGAGGAUUCAUUCAGAUUAAGUGAAGAAUCUCCGUCAACUUGCCAUACUCCUAGCAUAUCUGGGAUUACUUCUGACCAAGGUAUGGAACUGAAUUACAUUGACAAGGUGCCACACUUUUUUUUAGGUGUUUUAGUGGCUUGUUUUAAUAAACUCUUCAGAAUUUUUUGGCCCAUUUAAAAAGUAACUGUUUUUAUUUUUGUCUCUCUGCUAUUCACCAAUUUCAGAUAGACCAUGCACCUUGUUUACUUUCCAAAAUUUUGCAUAACCAUUGUCUUCAAUUUUUCUUGGGACAAGUGUAAUACCCAGGAGAAAUUAGGGGGUAAACAAGAUGCGUGCAAGAUGUAUGUGAAAAUGGUGAAUAGCUAAGAAUGCUCUGUUUGUGUAAAAGCCUUUUCAAACAAAGAGCUGAGGAGCCUCACUGAGUUUUUUUCUUGAAUAGUAAUAAGAUAAGCAGUAAUUGACUUGUAGUUAAUAUCAGGGGCAUCCAACGAUGGUCUCCUCCUAAAUACACUGAAAACACUUUCUGGGCUAUCCAGAGUACUUUCAGAUACAGUGAAACCUGUAUUAAGGGGACACAUUCGGGGAAUGCUGUAGUGUCCGCUUAAUACAGGGUGUCCGCCUAAUACAGGUUUCGAUAGUUAACGUCAUAAGAGGUGUCAAAUGCCAUUCAAAUGAACAGUGGAAACGCUCAAAAUACUCCCCGAGAGACUAUGAUGAUAUACGUUUGCAUUAAUUUCUUUAAAUCAAAGUGAACCAAUUGAUUGUAGUAUCAUAAACAUAGAUUGCAACUCAAAUUUGAAGAAUUCAGAUGAGUGAAACAAGCUCUAUACAAACAAAACGAAAUAGAAAACAAUACUGUACUGUGAAACCAAUCAAGUCACGUUUUUUAAUGUAAAAAUAAAAAAAAUUGUGGCUAGCAAUUCAAGGCAAUCUUUUGCAUUUUCGGUGUCUGGCAUGUUGGGUGGUGGAAUUUAAUUACAAGUGUCCGUUUAUUACAGGUUGGUAACAAUAGAAAUGACACUGUCAGGUACUUUUUAGGUGUCCGCGUACGCUUAAUAGAGGUGUCCGCUUAAUAAAGGUUUCAUUUAAAGUAAAUAAGGGAAAUAAAUUUGGGGACUUCGGCUACUGUCCGCUUAAAAGAGGGUGUCCGCUUCAUACGGUGUCCGCUUAAUACAGGUUUCACUGUAUCUAGAAACGCAUUCUAAGUGGCGCUAUAAACUUUGUAUCUGUUCGGUCAUCCUAGGGGAACUUGAGUCUUUUCGAAAUUACGAGGGAUCCAGUAUUAUUUUCCUGAAAAUAUUAGAUGCAAUUUAACAUAUUACAAAGGAGAAAACUUUUCUGUUUCCUCUUUCCAUCACAUUUUUGAAUCCGAAAAUCUUAGGUUUCCUUUUUUCUAUGAAAAAUAGCCUAACCUGGAGAGUGAAAUGUGAAAAAUUAAACUUCAGAAGGUCGUAGGGAAUUUAUUAGUUGAGCUUAGAAAACUGUAUAUGAAUGGAGCGGUCGUCUAGAAAUUUUUAGCCGUCCUUAAAUAGUAGAAAAUUCUAGGCAAUAUUUGCUUCUCCGAACAGAUAUUUUACAGAAAAAAGUCGCUGGGUGCCCCUGUAAUAUGCCUUUAAUCAAUAAUUUUCAGAAGCAGCAAACACUAUUAAGAUGUCGAUCACCCCACGUGAUUUAAGUAGUGAACUGGAGGAUGUCGUGGAUAGAAUGUUAAGACAACAACUUGAAGUGUACUUGAAAUACAAUAAAAGAAAAAAGCUUUCUACAGCCAGCGGACUGAGCGACUUCUUUAAGCAUGUAGAAGAUACUUACAACUUAAGUUUAACAUCUGUGGGUGUGGGAUCUUUGGUAAUAAAAGGUCAGUGUCCUGACCUGCAAAGUCUGGAAAGUCUGUGGAAUGAUUAUUGUUCUGGUGUCCUGAAUGAAGCUGCAGAGAGGUUUUUGGUAACUGAUGAUAUGAAGAAAGAAAUAGGCUUAGUGACAAUCAGAUUAAAGACUAUUAUUGAGGAAGAAAGCUAUUUGACUUGCAAGAAAGCUCUUAUGGAAAAGUCAGGUGAGUUGGUUUAGCACAAUUUCUUGGGCAAUUAUCGUUGGACAAGAAAUUGAGAUAAUUCUCUGCUAGUGUUUUAUAGCAAUGUACUCACAAAUAUACAUGCACAUGCAUUAAUAAAGCGGUCAUCUUAGAGACUUCAAUCGAGAUAAUGGAACAAUUCAAUGUAUGGAACCGUUGCCAAUCAGGCUGACCUUUCCUUGUGACGUUUUGUGUUAUGGUUUGUUGCCAUAUCCAAGUACUUAAUACAAUAGUAAAUUUGUUUUACAACAUUGUUAACUAGAUUAUACAUUUUAAAAGUGAAUUUUGCCAAACUGCCCGGCCAAUGACAUUUUGUGUAAAGGUUGGUUGCUUAUGGCAGUGGUACUUGACAGCUAGAAUAAUCAUUGUCGUAAGGUGUUUCACUGCGGGGUGGAUCUUUAACAUGAGAGUAACCUGAGAUCAGGCUCUAUUUUCGAUUCGCUUUGAAAAUUACAUUCCGGCGGGCAAGGCGAAGCGAAAAGAGAGCCUGAUACAAACCUUCUACGGAACGUCUGCCGCCCACUUUUUUGAUUGAUUGACAUUUGCCGAAUCAGCCAACCAAAAUUACUUCCGUUGCUUGUUUUACUAGUAUGCAAAUUUUUCACGCGUGCGAAAAAUGCAGACUGGCUGACUUAAAAAGUAGCUUUUAUCUGUUAAUUUUCUGUUGCCUUUAUAUUUUCCUCAGUAAUUUUCCGCGAUUUUCAGUACAUAAUCUUUAAAAACAAAAGCAAACAGCGAACGAGCGAGGACACCAGUUUUCCUGGUUUAUAUUUUACAAAAAGCGAAGGCAAACAAUCAGUCUGUUACCUUAACCCACCAGCUUUUAUAAUAAUGCCUACAAAAAUUCCUUGAACAGCGAUGCGAUAUUUUUCGUCUAAUACUUCACAGUUGGCGAUUGAGGUUUCUUUCGCAGUGAGCCUCCGCUUGCGUACCCUGUUCAGAGAAGUCACUCCCGGCUAAACUUUCAGAUGAAGCCAGUUUUAAGAUGGACUUCUCUCCGCCGACGACGGAUUAUUCACGAAGACAACCACGCGAGGAAUAAGUGCUUUCAACUUCCGGCGUUUCCGACAGCCAAUCAGUGCUUGAUUUGUUUUCUUGCACUUCUUUCUCGUUCCUUUGUGCUGGUACGCUGUCUCCGAGAGGCAGAUGUUGCUAUUUUUUGCUGGAGGUUUAAUUGGAGUAGACAAACAUCUCUUUCAAAGGGUUUCUCUUCUUCCAUGACUCUACCACUGAAUUAUAUUUUCGUUCUACUACUCGCCAAUGUCGAUGUUAUUCCAAAACAAAAACAACUAAGUACUGUCUAAAACACGAAGGAAAAUCUCAUCCAUGUCAUCCAUGGCAAAACUAAAAGACAGCAGAUCGUAGAUGACGUGUGUUUUAUGCAAAAUGCGUGCAGCUCGUGCAAGGUGAAAUUAUGCUAAUUUCAAUCACCAUCUUCCUUCUUUUUGAUUUUGAAAAAAAAAAUCAUCUUAUACGUCUAUCUGUUUCUUCGAAACGUCAAAAUUAGUUUCCCCUCAGUUUUAACUGUUUACCUUGUUUUGUUUUAAAGAGAAAAACGGAGAAAAAAAUCUUACAACUAACCUCAAUAACUUUUGUUUCGAUGCGGUUGCCGGAUUUGCGACGCAUUGCGCGAAUCGCCAUGGCGCGUUGCACCCGAGAAGCAAAGUUUGAAGCAGUACAACGCCACUAUAUCAAAAUAUAUCAAUCUAAUUUUUUGUUAUGUUAUAUAAAAUUUAUCCCCCUUUAACAUAUGUAAAAAUUGAGGUUAAGAAGUGUUAGUGUUAGCUUUUGCAAACGAAACGGCGAAAGACGAUUAGGUGAUAUUUAUUGGAAGGAGAAGGUAUUCAACACUUUCAAAUUAAACUUAAAUUUUGGCAUUAUACGACCAACAAGUUUGACUUAUAGGCAUACAGACACAAACAUAUGAAACUGUUUGUUGAUAUUGUUAAGAAACGAAUUUAUCUAUUUAACACUGAAGCCUGAAAUUACAGAAAGAAAAUAGGAUUUCCGGUUUGCAAAAAGGAAAAUUUCGCCGGUCUUCAAGCGCACCGGAAGCGCGGAAAGAGCGCUCGCGCCAGUCCUACUCCGCAUCACACAUUAAUGAAGAGCGGAGCGCUCGUUUCACCGCCCAACCUUUAUCCGCCCUGCGUGAGAGAGUUUGUAUCAGGCCCAAUUUUAGCGGUACCCGUUAGAGAGAAUAGGGACCUUAAGAUCCGAGGACGGCGACGGCAGAGAAAACGUCGCUAAAAAGUGAUUUCGCGUCCUUUCAAUCUUCAUCACGAUUAGUCCAAGUCACUACUUUUGUCAAAUGUAGGCGAACCCUCCUAAAGUUGAAUUCCUAAGAACCAUAUCCAAGUUCAGAAAGAGAGAGGAAAUUUCGUCGUCGCUUGUGUACUUCCUCUGCACAUCGUGAAAUUAGGCAUUUUCACGUCGUAGUCGUGCAGUGACGGCAAAGAAAUGUACAAAAAAGCGUGAUGCACGUGCAAAAUUGUUGUUUUGCUAAUUAAACCUAUUGCUGUUAUGGCGUUCCCGUUGCCGUCGCCGUCGUCCGAUCUUAAGGUCCCUAUUGUAUGAGAACCGCUAAAAUUGGGCCUGAUCUCAGGUUAACAUGACAGCAAUAGAGAAUCUUCUGAGCUUCAAAUUACUUCCCUGAAACAGUUUGCACUAAAAGAAGAGAUAAAUUAAUGAUAAUGCAUAUAAUAUUUUAAUUGAAAUAACAUUUAGCAUGUUAUAAAAAAAGAUGUUGUAAGGUUUAGUUCAGCAAGUAAACUAUAUUAUGACCGCAAGAGAGGUGGCUGUUAGUUGAGGUUCACGUUCAUGUGCAGUAAUGCAGUAAUUGUACCUGGCUGUGAGUAUUUUCUGUUAUAGUGCAUUCACAAAAGAUGAAUUCAAGGCGUAUUUUCGUUAUUUUAUUCUGUGUUAGCAAUCAGCCGUAACGUGUCACCUUCCACUGAAUCAGAUCAAGAAGCAGCUUCACCUCUAAUUGACACUAACCCAGAUGAUUCUAAG